CAAAAUGGUCCCCACUACACCGUAGUUCUGGAUCUGCCACUGGUUGUGGGAUAACAUAAUAUGAAAGAUAAUAAAAUUUUUGGCUGCAAUAUACACACACAUGGUAUUAAUAAUUGAUAUAUGUAACUAAUUAGACUUCUGUUAAGGUAUGAAAACUUCAAAUAUGUUUUAGUUGAAGAUGAAUAACAUACGACUUACCUUAGUAGUAUCAGGCAAAAGCUUACUCCCUAGGAUAUAAUGCAUCAAAGAGAUGAUGAAGCUCUUGUCUUGAGAAAAAAAAAUGGAAGGCAAAUUAUAAAACCCAACAAAUUUCCUAUGAUUAGAGAAAUCCAGGUGAGAAGAAAGACUAAUUUGUAAUUAUUUCAACCCAAAUUUUACAACUUAGAGAAAUUGGGGUGGGAUAUUUGGGCGUGAGGAUUUCAGGGUCAAUCUGAUGUGAGGGUGAAUUCCAAUGUUACUGAAAAAAACUCUUAGAAUAUAGAGGAGUAUUUUUGAAGGCACCUAUCUUGAAGAUGCAACAAAACAUUGACAUCGACAGUCGGGGCUUGGUCUAAUCGGAGGUGAAGCGGUGGAGAGAAGAAGAAAAUCAGAUGAAAAAAUAGGAUGAUGGCCAGUGGAGACGGUCAAGUGGGAUAUCUCGAAGGCUGUGCAAGAAACUCUUGUAAUAAAUCGAUCAGAAGCUCCUGGAAUGUUGGGAUUCGGGUGGAUCGUUGUGGAUCGAUGAUGGUUAAGCGAUACGCGAGGAGGGGAAACCAGCUAUCUCUUGCGAGCCUCUUUUGUGGGUUUAUCCUUCGAUGUCGGCAACAACAAGCCGGAGGGAACAAGGUAGCAGUCGUCGAUUUCGGGGGAGUACCUUCGGUGAUGGGUUUGACUGAAAAGAAAAGAAGAAACAGAAGCGACAUCAGAGCUUCAUUGAUUGUUGUGCCGCAAAGGGCUGCUCCUGUUGGAAUCCUAAAGUCACGGGUGUUUUGGUGUGGUCCGAUUGUUGUUCAAAGGAAGAGGAGGAGGGCUGCCAUGGUGGCUAGCAUUCUCUUGUUGUUCGUUGGGAAAACAAUCCCCAGCAGUCUCUUGUUGUUCACCGGGAAAACAACCCAUCACCAGUGGUUCUUGGCAGUCGAUUGA